AUGGGUGACACGACACCUGAUAAAAAUGAUUCUGUAAGAGAUUGGGUGGAAUGGAGAUGGAGAAUUGAGAAGGCUGAAUCCGGCACCGCUGCACGCUACGACACGCUCAAGUUCCUUAAAUCGUCAAAAUGGAUGCAGAUAAUUCCCCAACAAGUAGCUGGAGGGGAGACGAAGGAUAGAGCGGAUUAG